GGAGGACUGAAAGUUAUCACAGACCCCCAGCUGUUCUGCGUACUGUAGCCCGACCAUCAUGCGUGAAAUUGUACAUCUGCAAAUUGGACAAUGUGGCAACCAGAUCGGCUCAAAGUUUUGGGAAGUGAUAAGUGAAGAACAUGGGAUCAACACAAUAGGCAUUUACGAAGGAGACAGUAACCUCCAACUGGAGAGGGUCAAUGUCUACUUCAAUGAGGCCCAUGGUGGUAAAUAUGUUCCCAGGGCCCUACUUGUGGACCUGGAGCCUGGCACCAUGGACAGCGUAAAAGGAAGCCGCAUCGGGGCCCUUUUUAGACCAGACAACUUCAUUCAUGGAAACUCAGGGGCUGGGAACAACUGGGCCAAAGGCCACUAUACAGAAGGAGCAGAGCUGGUGGAGCAGGUGAUCGACAGAGUGAGGCACGAGAGUGAAAGCUGCGAUUGCCUGCAGGGAUUCCAGAUGGUUCACUCACUUGGGGGCGGCACUGGCUCUGGCAUGGGAACCCUCAUCAUCAACAAAAUCCGUGAGGAGUACCCCGACCGCAUCAUGAACAGCUUCAGUGUCAUGCCGUCACCUAAAGUCUCUGACACGGUGGUGGAGCCCUACAAUGCUACACUGUCAGUCCACCAGCUCCUGGAGAACACAGAUGAGACCUACUGCAUUGACAACGAGGCCCUCUACGACAUCUGUUUCCGCACCUUAAAACUGACCACACCGACUUACGGGGACCUCAACCACUUGGUCUCCAUGACCAUGAGUGGGGUCACGACCUCUCUGAGAUUCCCCGGACAGCUCAAUGCCGACUUGAGGAAGCUCGCUGUCAACAUGGUACCCUUCCCUCGCCUCCACUUCUUCAUGCCAGGCUUUGCCCCUCUGACACCUCGUGGAAGCCAGCAGUACAGAGCUCUCACUGUGCCUGAGCUCACCCAGCAGAUGUUUGAUGCUCGCAAUAUGAUGACGGCGUGUGACCCAAGACGAGGCCGCUACCUCACAGUCGCCGGUGUCUUCCGUGGUAAGAUGUCCACCAAAGAGGUAGAUGAACAAAUGCUUGCCAUCCAACAGAAAAACAGCAACUACUUUGUGGAUUGGAUCCCCCAUAACGUGAAGGUCGCCGUGUGUGACAUCCCACCUCGAGGCCUCAGAAUGGCCUCCACAUUCAUUGGCAACAACACAGCCAUUCAGGAAGUGUUUCGCAGAGUGGGUGAGCAAUUUGCUAUGAUGUUCAGACGGAAAGCGUUUCUCCACUGGUAUACAGGGGAAGGUAUGGAUGAAUUGGAGUUCACUGAGGCGGAGAGCAACCUCAACGAUCUGGUUUCAGAGUACCAACAGUACCAAGAUGCCACUGCUGACCUAGAUUGGGGACCAGAGGAUGAAGAAGAGGAGGGACCCUCAUCAUCAGCAACAAGAAAGGUUCAGCCUCGGAUGGAGGUUAAAUUGGAAACAGUGACUGAAACCAGCAAAGAAACCAUAGAUGAAUAGAAGACAAGGUAGAAAAAAUAUUGGAUUAUUGGUAUUAAAAGGAACUCUUGUUCUGUAGUUUAUCAUUUCUGUUGUUGGCUUGGAUAGUCUUUAAGCGAUAAAUGUGCUGCAACAUAUUUAAACAAUAAUGGUGAUUGACUACUUUGUAUUCUUCAAAUGAUUUGUGUGCUUGUAUGUGUGUUUUUGAGAACUAGAAUUUUUUUUUAUUUCACAGUAAAUUUGUUCAGUAUUUUUGCAUGUAUAUAUGAAAAGUAUUGUUUUGCUAGUACUAUAUAUCCAUCAGCUUUAAACAUGAAAUUGUCAUGUUUACACUGCUUGACCAGUAUCAUCUGCAUUUUGUAUAUUAGUUGUGGCCGCAAUUAAAAACAGUAAAACAAGA